UAUACCUGGUCAUCACAGGGCUUACUUAGCUGCUCGUUAUCACUUCGUACUUUUCAUUCUUAAUUGGUUUAAGCUAUACAAGUCGUACCUUUUUAUGUGAACAAAAUUUCCUUGAUUCAGACCUAGUCACCUGACCAUUAGAAACUCUCAGAGGAUCUCUCUAUUGUUAAUUUGGUUCCACAUCACCCCUCCUCUUCUUCAGGAAAGAAAUGAGCCAUAAUGAGCAGUGUAGGAAAUUACUAACAAUUUCUAAAUCAGGAAUAUAUGUUUAUCUAGCAGUCUAGCACCAUAGAUCACCAUCAUCGAAUUACUCAAAUUUUACACAAUUAAUUUAAUUUUAUGAAAUAUGGCACACACAUUACUAUUAUAAUAGCUACACAAUGUAGUUAAAAAUUAUAAACGAGGUGUACACAUGUGUCUGUAGAAUGACUUUGACCUUUUAAUAUCAUGCCAAUUUCAUUCAGUGUCAUAAACCAAAGAAAGCCCAUCUAUCAAAAACAUUGAUUGCUCUAUUGUGCUAUGGAGGUGUUCCUCGGGAAUAUUUCUUGGAAAUACUGAAGAAUGCAUUGGAAGAGGCACAAAACAUAUACUCUGAUGAGAUCUUGGCACUGAAAGCUACGUCAAACUAUGAAGAUCUUGAUUAUGGUUCCAUUGCAAAAAGUAUGAUUUUAUCGGGAGUGCCGCUUUCUGAGCCACAUCUUCAAUGCUGUCUAUCUAUGGUGACCAAGGAAGAAAAAAGUGGGCUUAGAGGGGGAAAACUUCCAAUUUCUGACAGCUUUUAUUUGAUAGGGACUGCUGAUCCCACAGAGACGCUAAAUCGUGAUGAAGUCUGCAUUAUUCUUGAUCAUGGCCAAAUUGUUGGGGAAGUCUUAGUCUACAGAAAUCCUGGGCUUCAUUUCGGGGACAUCCACAAAUUAAAUGCAGUCCACAUAAAGGAACUUGAUGAGAUAGUUGGAAAUGCUAAGUAUGGAAUAUUCUUCUCCAUAAAAGGGGAAAGAUCUGUUGCAAAUGAAAUUGCUAAUGGUGAUUUUGAUGGAGAUGUAUACUGGGUCUCUAGGAACCGUGAGCUAAUUGAAAAAUUCAGUACAAGUAGCCCGUGGAAACGUAUUUAUUCAACUCCUAAUCCAGUUAGUAGGAAGCCGAGUGAGUUUUCUACAAAAGAAUUGGAGCUCAAACUCUUUGAGAUGUUUCUGGAAACAAGAAUGCCAAGUUAUAGUAUGUCUGCCGCUUCUGACAGCUGGAUGGCUCAUAUGGACAGACUUCUGGUACUUGGUGAUAGCUAUGCUAGUGAGAAGGAAGCCAUAAGGGAAAAAAUGUUACAUUUGAUAGAUCUUUACUACGAUACUUUAGAUGCACCCAAAAGUGGUAAAAAGGUCAAUAUUCCCAAAGAUCUGAAGGUGGAUAAGUUACCACAUUUCAUGGCAAAAGAACGUGAUUCUUAUCACUCAAAAUCUGUCCUGGGAGAAAUUUAUGACAUUGUUGUGGCAUACGAAACCAAAACGACACCGCUUGUUGAAAUUGAGAAAAUAGCUUGCUUUAGCAUCAAGGUACCUGAUGAAUGUAUGAGGGUAUGGAGGAAGAGGUACAACGAGUACAGAGCUGAUAUGGCGGAGGCACUGAGCUCUUGUGGUGAAUCCAAGAAUGAUUUAGCAAAUGAAGUCAUCAAGAAAUACAAGCAAUUAUUAUACGGGGCUGAUGAGUUGGAGGAAAGUGGGAUGAAUUUGAGAGAGAUAUAUGACAAUGCGCUUGCUAUUUAUCAUGUUUGUUAUGAUCACGCAAAAGCCGUGUCGGAUGUUAGAAAAUGUGGCUUCACCUGGAGAGAUAUAUGACAAUGCGCUUGCUAUUUAUCAUGUUUGUUAUGAUCACGCAAAAGCCGUGUCGGAUGUUAGAAAAUGUGACUUCAUGCCGAGCUUCAGGCGAAGGAGAAUAAUAAUAAUGGGAAAGCCAUGGUCAUUUCUCCUGCCAUGCUGCAAAAAAUCUUACACAUGCGAGUAUAGAAUAGAGAAAAUAUAUACGUAUACACACAUAUUCGUAUGUGUGUCAGUGUCUGUGUGUGUUUAUGUACCCUUCAAAUUUAUCAUAGACGGAUGAUAUGUCAGAAUUAGCAAAGUAAAUAUCAAAUUAUCAUGACAUAUGUUAGAUUUUGUGCUACAAA